AAACUAUAUAUCAACCCCUAUAUCUCCCUUGAAAUAAUCAAACACCAAAACGUAGCAAACAACCAAAAAAAGAUAAUAAUGUCUCUAGUGACCGAAGAGAUCAAGGCCAAAUCAGAGGUGUACCGAGGAGAUGAACUGUGCCGAGAGAAAACACAGCUUCUCCUGAAGGAAGUAGGGUUACCCAAUGGGUUACUUCCAUUGAAGGACAUGGAGGAGUGUGGGUACGAAAAGGAGAGUGGGUUCGUGUGGCUGAAGCAGAAAAAGAGCUCAACACACAAGUUCGAGAAGAUUGGGAAGCUUGUGAGUUAUGCCCCUGAGGUCACUGCGUUUGUUGAGGUUGGGAAGAUCAAGAAGCUCACUGGUGUGAAGACUAAGGAGCUUCUUCUUUGGCUCACACUCACUGAUAUCUAUGUCGAUAACCCGCCCACCGGAAAGAUCACUUUUCAGAUCUCGUCAGGGCUAUCCCGGUCAUUUCCGACUUCCGCCUUCGAAGUCGAAGUGAAAGUUAAGGAGGAGAAGGAGGAGAAGGGGAGUGAAGUUAAAGAAGGAGCUGCCGCUGCUGCUGCUGCAACUGCUGUUCAAGUCAAAGAGGUUUGAUUUGAUGAUUUAAAAUGAUGGUGCUCAUUAAGUGCUAGUUAUGAUUAUUAGAUACGGUGUUGGAUUCAAUAAGUUGUUGGUUAACUACUUACAAUCUUUGUUUUAGUAAUUUAAAGUUCUUUCUAAAUCUUGAUUAGUUAGUUAUAAGCUAUGUGUGAGAAUCCGAUGUGCCUUGUAAUGCAACUAUAUUUAUAUAUUUAAGGAAUCAUAUGAUUGAUGGUUCUCA